UGUGAUUCUGGCCAGCUUAACCAAGCCGUAGCAGGAAGACGGUUUAUUUUACUAACAUCUUUUAAGCCAAAGAUGCGCUAUUUAAUCACAAUGGACGUUUGCCACCGUGUGCAAAGGUGAAUAAUGGCUGAAUCACUUCGUCCGCAGUGAAAUAUUUCGUGGACUUUAUCGUCGACGGAGGAGAAAUGGGGACGUUAAGGGGAAGAGGAGCGAUAUUAGGCGAAUCCUCCCCCUAAAGUUCCAAAGGACACGCCUCCGAGGAGAACAAGACCCUAUCAGAGACGGUUAUGGAGGAAGAUGGAUGCCUCCACAGCGAAUCAGAGUCAAACACCCUGUCAGCAAUGGGCGGGCCAGAACGGCUGGUCCUCUGCAUCAGCUCCAGGACCCCCAUGCAAUCCUGUACCCAGGUUUCAGCAUCUCGGCCUGGGCUUGCCUGCUGACCAGAGGCCCUCCUAUGUUGACCUUGAGCCGACCAAUCGGAGCUACCAGAGCAACUCAUUGUCCACGAACCAAACUCAUCAUGGUGCUCACCAAAGCCCUUACAUUUCAUCCAUGGUUCCUGUUGCGAGCCAUGGAAAAAAUAUACCUCCAUCCUCUCUUCCUGUAACAAAUCACCCACCACUGCCGGAUGGACCUCAACACAUGUCACCAUGCUCCCCCCAUGGCCAUUACGAAGCAAUACCCCCUCCUUUUCAGCCUCCAUACUCACCCCAGGGUUUAAUGAAUGGACUUCAGUCAACAUAUCAAAAAGAUCUGCCUAUUAGCCCACCAUCAGUUGGACAAUGUGUAACCCAGGGGCCACAGACCACACGACAGCCUGCUUAUGGGAGCCCAAAUGUGCAGUCUCCUCCUCUUCCUGCUCCUCCUCUGGCUGGUGGUCCUGGAUACACACCCAGCCAUGUCUCACCCACCUCGCCUAUCCAACAACAACCUCAGUGGACACUUCCACCGCACUACAGGGGAACCAUUUAUGAGCCAGUACCUGACGCAGAUGCCCAUGGUUACAGGGAGCCAUCCCAGGACGGGAGCAUCAUGCCGCCGUCCCCCAGCUCUGAGUCUCGCUACGGCCUGGACCCUAAGCUCCUACCCAGCGCUGUGAAGGUGAUGGCCGAGGACAGGGUGGAGUGGGAGAGCAAAGUCUUUGUGUCGGAGCCCAAUUCCCCUCUUCCUCCUCUGGCAACCACUUCCUGUAUCAUAGAGGAUAGGGGUAACGCAAGUCCCCGGGCCAUCCGCUGCACCUCGUACUGCGUGCCCUGCGAAGGCCAGAUCGCCCUGCUGAGCCGCCUGCCCCUGGGAGCCCUGGUCACGCCUCUGGCAAGACAAACCAAUGGAGAGCAUCCCCUGCCGAUAUGCAGUGAGUCGGAGUGUGUGAGCGGUUGUGGAUUCUGUGGAGCCUCCAUGUGCCCCGCCAUGAGCUGGCAGGACUGUGGCCAGAGGUUUUACUGCCCCUUCUGUGGUAAACUCAGCGAAGUGCCGUGGCAACACUACCAGCCCACCAAAGGAGUGGAAGGCGUUCGAGUCGACCGAGACAAGAGGCCUGAACUCAGUUUGGGAUCCUAUGAGAUACUCAACUCUCAGAAGGGCGAGUCUGCUGCACUGCUCCUAGCCAUAGAUGUGUCUGCCUCCGCGCUGAGAGGAGGACAUUUGGACUUCGUAACACAACAAAUACACACUCUGCUCACCUCUCUGAAUAGGGAGGAUGGUGCUGCCCACUCAGACGUUCGGGUUGGCUUGAUGACGUAUGACAGCAGGAUCCACCUGUAUGACCUCAGCCCCUCACUGUCCCGCCCACACAUGCUGGUCAUCAUGGAGAUGGAGGACCUGCAGCUUCCUGUGAGGGAGGGGCUUCUGGUGUCCCUCAGAGACUGUUUACACAGCAUUGAAAGUGUAUUGCAGCUUCUUCCUCAGUUCAGUCCAGAGGGUGAUGACUCCAGUGGAGUUCCCAUGGAGCUGCCUGUCAAAGCAGCUCUGGCCAUACUGCAGGUGAUGAACUGUCCAGGCAAACUGCUGAUCUUCCAUUCUGCUCCUCUGACAGAGAGGGGACACACACACUCCUCCUCAGGGUUCUUUGGCUCCAACAAACCAAAGUCCAUCUUCCAGCCAUCAGAACUAGCUCUCUCAUUGGCCAAGGAGUGCAUCAGUCAGGGCUGUGGUGUGCACUUGUUUGUCCUCUCCCAGCAGGAUGUGGGCGGGGCCUGGCCGGGCCACGUUCCAUAUCUAACAGGUGGCGCUCUCCUCACCUACAACCACCUCCAGGGGGAACUGGACCGGGAGCGUUUCAGCACCGAUCUGAGGAGGACAGUGGAGACGGAGACGGCCUACAAGGCUCAGCUCAGGAUUCAUGUCAGCAAAGACUUGCGUGUGUCUGGCUGUUAUGGACUGUUCAUCCCCGGGCCAAGCCCCAGUCAGGUUGCCAUGGCAACCCUUGAUUGCCAGACAACGCUGGCUGUUGAACUCACACACACCAGAGCCCUUGAUGAGAAGAGGGGUGCAGCCAUAC